UGUCCGGUACUGGUCUUCUUGCAUCUUCUGGGUGGCAACGGCCCCCCCGUCCGGACUUUGAAGCGGCGGGACUAUUUCUUGUAGCUUUGUGAAACUCGGCGUCCAGCCCGGGCGUCCUACGUGCACUGAAGUUACUACUGGUUCUUCGCCAGCGGUUCCAGUGUGCAAGCGCUCAACAUGAGGCUCUGGUUGAGCGUCAUCCUCUUCGCUUCGCUGGCGGUGCACCUCUCCGCAAGGCCACCAAAGAGGAUAACACGGCAGUCACGUGGUCGUGGCGGUGGUGGCAGCAGCUAUGCGCGGCCUGAUGGUGGCGGUGCUGGUGGUGGAGCCGCUGGGGGUCCUGGUGGUGGUUAUGGUGGUGGUGGCUUUGGAGGAGGUGGACAAGGAGGUGGUGGAGGAGGCUUUGGAGGUGGUGGACAACGAGGUGGCGGAGGAGGCUUUGGAGGUGGCGGACAGGGAGGUAGUGGAGGAGGCUUUGGAGGCAGUGGACAAGGAGGUGGUGGAGGAGGCUUUGGAGGCAGCGGACAAGGUGGUGGUGGAGGAGGCUUUGGAGGAGGUGGCCAAGGUGGUGGUGGAGGAGGCUUUGGAGGAGGCGGACAAGGAGGUAGGGGAGGAGGCUUUGGAGGCAGUGGACAAGGAGGUAGUGGAGGAGGCUUUGGAGGCAGCGGACAAGGUGGUGGUGGAGGAGGCUUUGGAGGAGGUGGCCAAGGGGGUGGUGGAGGAAGCUUUGGAGGAGGUGGCCAAGGGGGUGGUGGAGGAGGCUUUGGAGGAGGCGGACAAGGAGGUGGUGGAGGAGGCCAUGACGAUGGCCAGUACCACGGUCAUGACGACCACGGCGAGUGGCGCCUGGAGGAUGCUAUCCCCGGCACUCCGGAGACUGAUUACCCGACCUACACUACCGUUCCGCAGACCAGUUUUGAUUGCAGUGCACAAGAGUUUCCGGCUGGGUACUACGCGGAUACAGAAGCGCGUUGCCAGGUGUUCCACAUCUGUCAGGCGGACGGUCGUCGCGACGCCUUCCUGUGCCCCGUGGGUACUAUUUUCAACCAGCGCUAUUUCGUAUGUGACUGGUGGCAGAACGUCAACUGUGACGAGGCACCCAACUAUUACUAUCUCAACGGUGACCUCUACAAGCCGGGUCCCUCGUGGAGUCCUGACGGCGGUCAGGGAUAUGUGCCCCCGGCUCCCGGACCAGCGCCAGGGCCUGCUCCUGGCCCUGCCCCGGCGCCAUACCCCGGCCCUGCUCCUGGUCCUGCCCCACGUCCAGCUCCAGGUCCUGCCCCAGGACCUUAUCCUGGCCCUACUCCCAGUCCUGCUCCAGGACCAUACCCUGGCCCUACCCCCGCCCCGGCACCAGGACCGUAUCCUGGCCCUACCCCCGGUCCGGCACCAGGACCGUAUCCUGGCCCUACCCCCGGUCCGGCCCCAGGACCGUAUCCUGGCCCUACUCCCAGACCUGCUCCAGGCCCUGCUCCAGGUCCUGCCCCAGCGCCAUAUCCUAGUCCGGCUCCCGGGCCUGCACCACGUCCUUCACCAGCUCCAGCUCCCAGACCAGGUCCAGCACCAGAUUAUGGAAGGCCAGAGACGCCUCAACCCGAACCUCCGUCAGACUACGAUCAGGAUGACUACGAUCAGCCACCCGCUAGAGGCUAUGGAGGAGGAGGCCGAAGGCCGCGAGCCAACUUGGCGCAACCCAGCGACUGGAACGCCGUGUACUUCUACGACCAGCCUGAGCAGGAAGAUCAGGGCCGUUCUGGUGAAAGCGAACAGCAGAGUGUUGAAGGAGAGUACCAGGCGUAGAAGUGAAAGAAUUCUGGGUCGUACAGAACAUCAUCAGUUUACGUUCGAGAAGUGCGGCUGCCUUCUUGAAGGGCUUGAGUCGCAGCUUGCUCGCCGCACGGUUAGUAGCACUUGAGCAGGUAUUGAAUGGUGAACCAGAGUAUUGCAAGCUUCUAAGCACAAAGCGAAACGUGGUGACUGAAAUUGGCCUGUGUAUAGUCAACAUGGCAUCGUAAAAAACUAGAAAAGACAAAAAAGAUGGUGAGGGGUGGCAGUGUUCUUAGUACAUACUUUUUGUAAUCAAUACAGAUUCAAUGUAGUGCCCAUAAACGAGAGCCUGUGAAUUGCUGAACAGAUCAAUAUGGCCCUGCAGUAGAAGUUUCUGAAUUGACGCCGAUACCAUGCUUCGGUAGACGAAGUCAGAAGUCUCUAGCGUGUUUCAAAUUAUGUCGGCUGCAUGUGGGGAUGAAUGCAGUCUUUAAUAUAGUGAGCUCAGAAUACGUUCCCGAUGACAUGAACUUGACGCACCUUUUUAAUCUUGUUACAUUCGCGGCGUCUUUCGACCCCAUUCUGUGCAAUCUUUUUUUAGUCAUGCGGUUAGCGUAAGCGCCUUGCUGUUGACUAGCCGUGCUUUUGUGAUACUCCACUCGGUUAGAGCUGGGUGUCACCUUUGAUAGGUCCCGUGGCUUAUUGUAGAGGAUGUCAUAAGUAGGUGCAGAGUGGUCAGAGAUGAAUAAUGCGAACACAUGCGCCGUUCUGAACGUAUUAACAUUUAGAGAAACACACCAAAAGGAUUGUAGGUUUCUAGCGCCUUUUAUAGAGGUCAAUGCGUUUGUGAUUGCAUUUGCUAAUUGCAUGCAUUCGCAAAGUGACGACAUGAUAAGCGUAAAAGUAUCUUUGGAAAUCAUUUCAUUCUUGCGUUAGGGGUUGUAGCUGUUUCGCCACUCAGUGGAUUUCAGUGGCCGUUAGGUUCCCGUGGUAACCCCUACCCGUUCGGUUGUGUCACUUGCCUUAAGUGAAUAAAGUAUCUCCCACAGGACAUACGCAGUGAAAAACUGGGAUGCCCAAUUUUUAGGAGAGAAAAGUAGAUGUACUACGGACGUUUACACAAAUGACGAAGCGUAUGGUUAUCUCAUUCUGGCUGCCCGCAUUACGAAGCUGUUCACCUUUCAUGACUUAAGGUAUGUCAGUGUUCGAAAAAAGAAGCACAACUGCGCAGUCGCUACGUUAGACGUGCAAUACAAGAAGCCAUAACUUGAGUCUUUCGAAGCAUUCCGACACAGCAAAACACUUGCAUGGGUCACCCUCCGGAGCGGAAGUGGUGCGUUGGAAGGUGUGUGAGGAAGGUGGCUACAUUUUCACGUCGUCUGCGCAUCUCCACCUGACGCGCCAAAACCGAAUUACAGCCACACGCGUAUACCGUCGUUCAGACUUGCGGGCCAGCUGAACCUGUAUACCUGUGUGACUCCUGUUUUGCGCGGUUUGCUGUGCAGUGUUUUGAUUGCUUCAUCCAGGCUUGCAGACUGCAUCCUUUUCUCGUCUUUACUUUCACGCCCAGAACCACCCACGACGCGUCGCGAGGUUUUAACAAGCGGUCUGUUAUCGGCCAAUCAGAUUUCCAGAGUUUACGUGACAUUAAAAGGCCUUUCUUAUUUUUUUGUUACUUAACCUUUACUAACUUUCAAGUGUUGUAUAAGCAUGUGUGCUGUGUUUGCUUAGGCGAUAUCCCCCCCCGCUUUUUUCCCACCUUCUCUCCCCCUUCAUUCCCUCUCCAAUCCGUCCGUCCGUUGCUUGCAGUCACCAGUCACAAAACUGUUGUCAACCGCAGCACGACAGGUUGAUUUGUUAGUGUAUAAACUUAUCACAGUACCGUGACUAUUAAGCAGCGAGGUUCACGUGCUUUGUACAGAUCUGUUUUCGGCAUGAUAGGCUUUUUGUUUCUUUGUGUUUUGUUUACGAAACCGUUGGUUCGUGUCGUGGGUGCUUUCUCGACUGCAGUGUAUGUGUGUAUGUGCGUCUGUACCAUUACAUUGUGUAAGAAAUCACCUCGAUACCCCCCUGAAUACUGUGUAGGUCUUUCGAUAUCGCUCUUCAGCCUUGUCGGGUCGUGUAUACAGUGUGCGCGUCUACCGAGAUCUCUGCUGUUUUCUUUGUUUUGUUACUUUCGCGAGGACUUCUUUGACGAGUGGCAGAUGCAACGGCUUACGGAACGGCUGCGCUGGAAGAUUCUUCCUGUCUCUUGUCUAUAGACUCAAUAAAGAAUUUUCCUGUGUUAA